AGGAAACUGAUGAUUCUUUAAAAUGUCUGGAAAUAAUUCAGCACUUUGUGUCUUCCUUCUUCUUGCAGAUCAUGGGAGGAGAAGAGCUACCUGGGCUUUUGGUAAACGAAAUGGGAGGAACACAUGGGGAAGUGCAUAGCCACGUGGAGUUCCUGAAGAGACAUUUCUACCUCAUCACCAUGAAGGAAUUUCUUGAAGACAGAAAGUGUUUGAAGGAUAAAGUCCAAGCAAUAGAUUUGUGGUGGCACAAACCAGUCAUUGAUCAAGAGCUCCUCCAGAGCCUGCCAAACUUAAAAGUGAUUGCAAAUUCAGCAGUAGGGAUGGAUCACCUGGAUCUGAAACUUGUAGCUGCCUUCGGUGUGAAAAUGGCUAAUGCUGCACAUGCUGUCUCCAGCAACACAGCAGACACUGGGAUGGCUUUAGUGCUGGCAUCUGCUAGAAGACUAAUAGAAGGCUGUCAUGUUGCAGUUUCUCCAAAUAUGGAAUACUGUGAAGCUGAUUUUCUGGGAGUUCAAGUUAUCAGAGCUACUCUGGGGGUCAUUGGAAUGGGCCGCACUGGAUAUAAGAUUGCUCUGAGAGGCAGAGCAUUCGAAACAAACAUUUUGUAACACAACAGGACACGGAGGAAAGAGCACGAGGAGCAACUUGUUAGUGCCACCUAUUGUGGAAAGCUAGAGAGCUUGCUCAAGCAGUCAGAUUUUGUGAUGGUGGUGGUGAGCCUGACCCCUCAGACACAAAAGCUGAUUGGGAAGAGGGAGAUGUUGCUGAUGAAACCCACGGCUACUCUCAUUAACAUCAGCCGAGGGGCAGUGGUUGACCCGGAGGCGCUGGUGAGAGCUCUGCAGGACCGAGUCAUCAGGGCUGCCGCUUUGGAUGUCACCAACCCGGAGCCGCUGCCCAGAGAUCAUCCAUUAUUAAAAUUAAAGAAUGUCGUUAUAACACCCCACCUUGGCACUGAAACAGAGAAAUCCACUCGCAUGAUCACAGAGGAAGCAGUUGAAAACAUCCUAACAGCUCUUCACGGUCUCCCUAUACCCAAUGAAGUGCUCCCAAGCUGAGGUG